AGGGGGCGAUCGAGUGAGAUAAACGCUAAAAGUUUGAGGAAGUCCAAUUGCUCGAGUUGGGCGGAAUGCUUGUUACUGCAAGUGAGGUUAGUUUGUCCUCUGUAAUUGUACGUGUACGUGUUUAUGGAAAUGUAGGAGGGCAAGGAAGCAAAGGGACAGCAAGACUCAAGUCAGACUCGGUCAUAGGGGCGACGAAGACGACGACGGCAGCAAGAGGAAGGCGAGGGCUCCUCCUAUCUUCUUCUGUUGUGCUAUUUGCGCCAUCUUCAUCGUCAACGGCUACUGCUAUGGCCUCUCAACUCCAGAAUAACGACUCCAAGACCGCACUUCUUCAAAAAUAUCUGAAGAAAUCAGAGGUGAACAAGACCAAAAAUGACAAAGAGAGGCUGGAUGAUUAUUACAAGCGCAACUACAAGGAUUAUUUUGAAUUCUUUGAAGGGUCUGUGAGAGGGAAGACCAAUGAGCAGCUCUCUGAAGCUGAGAAGGGGAUCCUCAGCUGGCUUGAAACUAACAAAUAAGAUCGUAAUUCAUGUAUAUCUAUCCGUGGGAUUAAACUAUCCAGAAGCAGGUCACCUUUGUAGAUCCAAGAAUGAUUUCCUCUUGUUUCUUUUCUCUUCUUGGAAUUUUCCAUGAUAAUACAAGACCCUAAGGCUAAUUUAAAGGUGAUGUUCGGUACUUUGGUAAUGAAAUAUAUGUUUACUAAGAAUUCAGGAUCCAGGAGCUGCUAUUUUAUAUGAAAAAUGAUUACGUCAACUCUUUCCACCAUUU